GCACGACAGUCCGGAGAAGGGAAGAAGGAAGGACCCCUCUUCUUUGGUGCUGCCCGGAAAGGAAGAUGGCGGCCGAGGUAAAGUCUGUCCUCUUCGUGUGUCUGGGGAACAUUUGCCGAUCACCCAUAGCUGAAGCAGUUUUUAGAAAACUUGUAACUGAUGAAAACAUUGAAAAUAAGUGGAGAAUAGACAGUGCAGCAACAUCUACUUAUGAAAUAGGCAACCCUCCUGAUUUUCGGGGACAGACUUGCAUGAGGAAGCAUGGCAUUACCAUGAAUCAUAUUGCCAGACAGGUUACUAAAGAUGAUUUCCUUACAUUUGAUUAUAUACUUUGCAUGGAUGAAAGCAACCUAAGAGAUCUGAAAAGAAAAAGUAAUCAAGUUAAAAAUUGUACAGCUAAAAUUGAACUCCUUGGGAGCUAUGAUCCACAGAAACAGCUUAUUAUUGAAGAUCCAUACUAUGGAAAUGAAAAAGACUUUGAGACUGUUUACGAGCAGUGUGUUAGAUGCUGUAAGGCAUUUUUGGAGAAGUCUCAUUAGUGCCACACCAUUUUAUUUCUAAAAGGAAAUAAUAUUUAGCUUCUUCUUUGAAGUGUUAUAUAAAUUUCACUUGAUUGAUGUAUUUAAAAUGUAAUAUUGUAUCUCUGCAGUAAAUCCUAACUGCAGCGUCUUAAUUUUAGUUUUGUAUUGUAGCUACUGUAUGGCCUAACUCAGAAGAAUUUGGAAAAGUUUUAAAAAUUGUAUUUGAGGAUCAGCCAAUUUGUUGGACAUCAGUGUAACAAAAUAUUUAAUUCAGAGACCAGCAGAAUAAAUGUCUAUGAACUCUC